AGCCAAUCACAGCUCAGAACGCGUGAGUUGACGGAGUACGGGUGGGGGAAAGAAACCACCGCUGUCUGUAAUCCCUACUAUCCACUUCUACUCGGUUGCAGGUUUGAGGGGAUGUAUAAUAUCCGGAUUUAAGCAGCGUGAUGAGUGAAGAGGAGGACCAGAGUGUGAACAUGACGGAGGACGAGCUGCAGCACUGGGUGCGGGAGCAGGUGGAGAAGGAUGAGCAGCUGGUGCAGAGGAAGGCGCAGUUGGCGCAGGUGGACGACUGGGUGAAGCAGAAAGAGAGGGAGGCAAAGUACACCCAGCUGCUGUACAAUAACGCCUGCGAAUCAGUCCGUGAGUGUGAGUCUGUGAUGAAGGGCUUGUAUGGCAUGCUGGGACUGGAGUAUCGAGACACAGACUCUGAGGAAGAAGGAGGAGCCAAACCGACGGAAAACAUCAGACAGAUCACAGAUGAUUUUGACAACGGAAAAGAUGAGCAUGGUGCUGAUGGUGAAGGCGAUGAUGACUAUGUUGUCAUCGAUUUGGGGGCAGUGAAGGAGGAACCGAAGGAAGUUGAGUUGUCAGCAGGCAUAGAGUCUUCAGAAUUUUCUGUGCAGAUGUUAGCUCAGAAGGUGAAAAAAACUGAGGCUGUUGACCCUCCAACCGAAGUCAAUCCACCAUCGCCAUCAACGACCAGGAAAAACAAACCUUCUGACACCACCUUACCAACCAUAAAGACUUUAGGAAGCCCCACACCAAUUACUGCUCCAUCGCUCUGUGAUUUGCCUGCUCAGUCAUUAACGCCUACAAAAGAAAGCUCUCCUCCUGUUUCAUUAGGCACAUCUAUACCCAUGAGUGAGCCUGUCGAAACCCCUCCAUUGACCACCAUUCCAGUCACAUCUUCCAAAUCCAAGAACGAUAUAGAAACGCCCAGUGAAACAUCGGUGUCUACGAGGCAGAAUGCUGAAACUUCAGCACAAUGUGUGGCAUCUACCCCAACAUCCACACUCCCAGUGAAAGCUGUUGCUGCGUCCAAAUGUUCAAAAGCAGCCUCAGUCAAUCAAAAACCUGCCUCUAAGAACAAAAGCUCCAAAGCAACUAUAACCUCGGACACCGCCGGUAAAACCACAGCCAAGGAGAAGGUUCAUGAUAAGUGGGCCAGUCCCAAACCCAGCAGCAAACCUUCAAGCACCACAACACCAUCCAAUACCACAGUUAAAACUGCACCUGCAGAAAAAGCCAAGGCUAUCGACCCUAAACAAGGUGACAAACCGGAGACUAAAGCCCCUACCUCCAGCCCUCACUCUGGUACCACAGACACACCAACUUCAGACAAGACUUCCAAAAAAACAACUUCUACCAAUCCACCAGAUGGUAAAGAAGUCUCCCAGACAUCAUCAGUCACUUCGGUCAAUCCAGUCACUCCGGUCACACCUGUGAUGCCUGCUCGUCUUCAGAAAGAGGUGAAGCUGAAGGUCACCAUGAGUGUUCUUGGAAGGCGGAGGACUAAAACAUGGCACCAGGGCACAAUUUUAGACAUCAAAACAACUGAGUCUGGUCCUAGGUAUAAGAUCCUGUUUGAUGGUGGUAAAGGGAAGAGUGUUUUGUCUGCUCAUCACUUGGCGUGUGUUGGCCCUCCUAUGCUGAAGGAUCUCUUUGUGGGGUGUCGAGUUGUAGCCUGCUACAGAGAAGACAAACAGUCUUGGCUCCAUGCUGCAGUGGUAGUAGAGAUGCCGGAGCGCAGGAACCGUAUGAGGUUCUUGGUGUUUUUUGAUGAUGGCCGUCCAGCCUACAUCUCCCUGCCAGACCUCCAUCUGGUCUGUAAGCCAAUGAACAACAUGUCUGAAGACAUAGAAGACAAGGUGUGGCGUGCCGAGGUCGAGGAAUACCUGCAGGCGUAUCCAAACCCCAUCUUUGUGGUGAUGCGGGUGGGGCAGGAUAGCAAGGUGGAACGUGAUGGCAAAAUGGAACAAUGUACCGUCAGUCAGGUGGAUAGCAGCUUGAUCCAGAUUUGUUACAAGAAAGAUCAGGAGAAAGAGUGGCUGUAUAAGGGCUCGAAUCGAUUGGACCAAAUCCAAAGGAUCAAGAAGCGAAUGGCUGAAAAGAAGAAGGAACAGGCUGUAAAUAAAGCAGAAUGGAUUUCAUCGCAGAAGAACACUAAACUACCCACCACCACCGCCACAAGUACAACCACCACCACCGCCACAAGUACAACCACCACCACCCCCACAAGUAAAACCGCCACAAGUACAACCACCCCCACCCCCACAAGUAAAACCGCCACAAGUACAACCACCCCCACCCCUACAAGUAAAACUGCCACAAGUACAACCACCCCCACCCCUACAAGUAAAACCACCACCUCCACAAGCAAAACCACCACCGCCCCCACCACCACCGCCUCCACUGCUACCUCUUCAACAACAGUAAAUAUAAAUAUUGAACCCUUAAAAACCUCUACUACUCCAGGUGUUUCUCAGACUGUUUCCCCAGUCACAACGUCCUCAAGUAUGAUAAAGACAUUUGCCGGUAAACCAAUAUCACAGCCUAGGGUCGUCCUGAACAGGAUUACCUUGCCUUUGCCGCUGACGACUGUGAAAACCACCGCACACACUGAGCCCACAGUGGCCGGUUCAUCUAACACAGGAAAUAAACGCCCCCCUUCGGAAGAGGAGGAGGACAGCAGAUUGCAGAAUGCUCUUCUCCCAGUUGUUGAGCCAGGACUGAAGUACGUACCUCAUCGCUGCUGCCCGGCUUGUCUGAAUCCCGUGAGGCCGAUGCAAAGGGAUAAACACCGUGGCCAGAAUCCACUACUUAUCCCGCUGCUCCAUGGCUUUCGCCGCAUGACCGCAAGAAAGCGUCUAGAUGGGAAGAUGUCUUUUCACGUCUUCUAUCGUGCUCCGUGUGGGCGGAGCAUGUGCGAGAUGGAAGAGGUGCAGGCCUUCCUGUUUGAGUCACGUUGUGAUUUCCUCUUCCUGGACAUGUUCUGCUUGGACCCGUUUGUGCUGGUGAAAAGGGCUUUGCUCCCGUCUUCCAUGGCCAGUCGUCCUCUUCUGUUCCUGCCGGACAUUUCAGGAGGAAAAGAGGUGGUGCCUGUGCCCUGUGUUAACGAGCUUAACACUGUCUCUCCGCCCCCUCUGAGCUAUACCAGCCAUAGGCUGCCUGCUCCUGGUGUCUUUAUCAACACUGACCUUGACUUCAUGGUGGGCUGUGACUGUACUGAUGGCUGUCGAGACAGGUCAAAGUGUGCCUGUUACCAGAUGACCAUCGAGGCCACGUCAUUGUUCACCGGUGGUCCUGUGGAUGUCACCGCCGGAUACACACACAAGCGAUUGCCCAGAUACGUGCCCACUGGGGUGUACGAGUGUAACGCUCUGUGUCGCUGUGAUCCGUGGUUGUGCGGUAACAGACUGGUUCAGCACGGCCUUCAGCUGCGCCUGGAGGUUUUCAUGACUCAGCACAAAGGCUGGGGCCUGCGCUGCCUGGACGAUAUGUCCAAGGGUACAUUCGUGUGUGUUUUCACAGGUAAAGUAGUCAAGGACGAGGUGGGGAAUGCAGACAGUGCUAUGACUGGCAACGAGUAUUUGGCAAACCUGGACUAUAUUGAAGGUGUGGAGAAACUGAAGCAGGGUUAUGAAAGUGAAGCUUACUGCUCUGACACACAGGAAGACAGCAACAAGAAGACUCUUGUAACAAUGACGACAGGAGCGCUAAAGAAACAUGGCGUGUUCCAAAUGGAUUCAAGCAGUGGGGAAGAAAAGGAAGAAACAAGCCAACAGAAGAUGGAAAGAAAGACCCCCGGUAAAAGGGAGAGAAAAGCAAGUGAUGAUUUGGAAGAAUACGACGAAGAAGACGAUGAUGAAGACGAGGACUAUAAGAUCAGCGCGAAUGACGGUAUGGGAGCGGAGUGGAAAUACCUGAGCGCUGACUGUAAGAGGAGCUACACCACUCGGAGAAAUACCAAGAUCCCAGACAAAUUUCAGAAUAACAUCCAGACAUCUCCUAAAAUCUCAGAGGAGCAGAAUGAGGUGACCUCUUCCGUGGCCAAGAAGAUGAGAAAAGAGGGUCCAGGAGGGCGUAAGCUGGGAUUUGCCAAGAAGUCUACACGUGCUUUCGCUGUCAAGUCCAGUCAUAGGAGAGUGAAGCCACAAGCAGUGCCUGAGAAAUGUGUGCAAGAGAAGAACACGGCACUUGACAGGAAGUGCACGCGAAGCCUGUUUAACGGAGAAAAGACUUGCUAUCUCAUCGACGCUAAACAGGAGGGAAACCUCGCACGAUACAUUAACCAUAGCUGCAGUCCCAAUUUGUUCGUCCAAAAUGUUUUCGUCGACACGCAUGACCUCCGCUUCCCCUGGGUUGCGUUCUUCACCAGCAAACGUAUCAGGGCUGGAACGGAGCUGACCUGGGAUUACAGCUAUGAGGUGGGCAGUGUGGAAGGAAAGGUACUACUCUGCUGUUGUGGUUCGGCCGAAUGCACGGGCCGGUUACUCUGAAUUCCUCCAUUUACCAUCACUAAAUCUUUCGAAAUGGACUGUUUGGUUUCUGGAAAACAUCACACUAGUUUUGUGAUGGACAGGGGGACUUGUUUCACACGUUCAAGUUCCUUACUUGCUAUGUUUGCAAACAAAUUUAAGCUGGUUGUACAUGACAUGCUUUUAAUCUAUUAUAACCAAUUAAAUCUCAAAUAAAUUUAAACAGGAAUUUGGAUAUGUUGUUAAUAAAAAGGUUGAAGAUUA